CAGGGCGCUCGCGCGGCUCGGGCGCGCAGCUUGAGCGACUGUUGGCGGUGGUGGCUGUGAGAGAGUUCCGAUGAAUCAGCCACAGUUGCGGCAGGCUGGCGAGCUGCAAGUAGUCUUUUCCACUGCAGUGAUGGCUCAUGAAGCAAUGGAAUAUUAUCUUCAGGUGCCAUUAGAUCCUCAUGCUGCAGAACAGCCUGUACCUGCUGAAGCAGUCAGCAGCCAAGGGGGACCACCUCUUCUCCAACCUACUCCUGAUGAAGUGGUCAGCAGCCAGGGGAGACCACACCUGCUCCAGCCUGCUCCACCGGUGUCCAUUAACUUAACGGAGGAGGUGGGGAACAUCAAUCCAGGAGCUUCAGAGGAGCAUCCCCAGGGAUCUGGUGCUAAUGGCACUGUCCAAAUGCCUUCAUUGAAUUCAGUGAACAGCUUUAUCAGUGGGCUACAGAGACUUAAUGGCGUCCUGGAAUUCCUGAGACCACCUUCAGACCACAGUGUGGGGCCAGUAAGAAUAAGGAGGAGAAGGGGGUCUGCUUCACAAAGGGCAAGAACUGGAGGGUCACAGAGGACAGACAGUGCCAGGUCAAGAGCACCAUUGGAUGCUUACUUUCAAGUGAGCAGGACCCAGCCUCAAUUGCCAGCCAAUUCUCAAGAUUUAGAGAGUAGGAAUCCUGCUUCUGAAGAUGUGCAGGUAGCAAGUAGUUCUGAUUCUGACCGUGAAAACCGUGAAAACUCUAUAGAGAAUGAAGAAGCUGCUGCCGAGGCAGAGCCUGGAGCUGUUGUUUCAGAAGAGCAACAAGGAGGUAUCUCAGCAGAGCAGGAAGUUACAUGUAUCGGUUGUCAAGAGGCCCUCCCUAAACAGCAGUCUCCUCAGAAGACCAGCUCUCUUCUACCUUCUUCCCCCAUGGAUGACGACGAUGGGGAUACUUGCACAAUAUGUAUGGAACAUUGGACCAAUGCUGGGGAUCACAGGCUCUCAGCAUUACACUGUGGACACCUCUUUGGGUAUAGCUGCAUUUCUAAGUGGCUCAAAGGACAGACGCGAAAAUGUCCACAGUGCAACAAGAAAGCCAAGCACAGUGACAUCGUUGUCCUUUAUGCCCGAACCCUGAGAGUUUUGGACACCAGUGAACAGGAGCUCAUGAAAGGAUCAGAAUUCUUCUGUAGCCGUCCGAAUCUCCACUUGUUGCUGACUUAUCCCUCUAGUUCCUUACUGAAGGAGCAGAUCCUAAGGAAGCAGGCCGAGUUAGAAUCAGCACAGUGCCGGCUCCAACUUCAAGUCCUCUCUGAUGAAUGCACUAGGCUUCACAGUUGUGUCCAGGACUUGCAACAACUUGUGCAGCAGCAUCAGCAACAGAUUUCACAGCAACCUGGGGGCUCCCAAGCACGUAGUCGAAGCUACCUGCCCUCCAGCCAGGCCCAGCACAAGUAUCAUUUCCAGAAGACCUUCACCGUGUCUAAGACAGGAAACUGCCGCAUCAUGGCAUACUGUGAUGCUCUGAACUGCCUGGUGGUGUCUCAGCCUUCUCCUGAGGCCUCCUUCCUUCCAGGCUUUGGUGUUAAGAUGUUAAGUACUGCCAACAUGAAAAGCAGUCAGUACAUUGCCAUGCAUAGCAAACAGAUCCGUGGACUGGCUUUCAGCAGUCAACCCAAAGGCUUACUGCUCUCUGCUUCCUUGGAUAGCACUAUUAAAUUGACCAGCCUGGAAACAAAUACAGUGGUGCAGACUUACGACGCUGGACGUCCUGUCUGGAGCUGCUGCUGGUGUCUUGAUGAAAACAAUUACAUUUAUGCUGGACUGGUCAACGGUUCAAUCCUGGUGUAUGACCUUCGAUACACAAGCAGUCAUAUCCAGGAGUUAGUACCUCAGAAAGCCAGAUGCCCACUGGUAUCCUUGUCGUACAUACCCAGAGCUGCCUCUGCUGUGUUUCCAUAUGGUGGAGUAUUGGCUGGAACCUUGGAGAAUGCUUCCUUCUGGGAGCUGAAAAUGGGCUUUUCUCAUUGGCCUCAUGUGCUGCCUGUGGAGCCAGGGGGCUGCAUAGACUUUCAGACCGAGAGCAGCACCCGGCAUUGUCUUGUGACCUAUAGGCCUGAUAAAAAUCACAGCACCUUACGAAGUGUGUUGAUGGAGAUGUCCUACAAGCUGAAUGACACUGGAGAGCCAGCCUGCUCCUGCCAUCCUGUACAGACAUUUCUUGGGGGACCCACUUGCAAACUGCUGACCAAAAGUGCCAUUUUCCAAAACCCAGAUAAUGAUGGCAGAAUCCUAGUGUGUACCGGGGAUGAAGCAUCAAAUUCUGCCCUGCUGUGGGAUGCUGGCAGUGGCUCAUUGCUGCAGGAUCUUCAGGCUCAUCAGCCUGUCUUGGACAUCUGCCCUUUUGAGGUGAACCAUAACAACUACCUGGCUACCUUAACAGAGAAGAUGGUCCAUAUCUAUAAGUGGGAAUGAAUGUGGUCUUGACAUUUUUAUCAGGUGCUGCUGGUUAAUGUCAAGUGUUGUUUGCUAGCACCUAGCAGCCCUGAACAAGAUCUCUGCUGUUGUCUGUGCAUAGAACUUUGGGAUCAUGGUUACUUUGGGUUAGUCCGAUUCUAGGACUGCAGGUCACUAAAACAUUACAGACUGUGUAUGUGCUGUGUCCAUCAACAGAGUAAGUAACUGGUAUUCUAUCUACAUUAUCCAUUUAUUGGGUUAAAAGCUUUCUUGAGAAGCUGUAAUUUUCAUCAGACUUUCUGCUGGAACUGAGUGUUCUUCCAGGAGUCAUUUAGGAUAUGAAUGUACACCAAGCGUAAUCUUGUCACUUGAGCUAUCUGACUUGGGAAUAUUUAAGUCCCAGAAGGGACUAACCAUCUUAGUACUGCCUGGAUGCAGCAUGGAGGCAGAAGUCUUCAUUUCAACACAAGAGGGCACUGUAGAACCUGGAGAAGAGUUUGAUCUAUUUCUGACCUUGUGGGCUAACAACCUUUUGGUUAGUUGGUCUCAUCCCCACAGAUGACGUGUGUGGUGAGCACACCUGGUUUGCUCUGUGGCAGCAACAGGUAUUGUUCUAGGUGUUCCAAGUAGAGCACCUCCUAGCAAGCCCAGUGAUGGAGGUGACUGACAAGCUAUAGACCUUUUCCUAAUACCGCGUACAUAAGUUCAUCACAUUGUGGGAGCCAAGGAAAGAAAACAGUUGUUCGAAGAUAUUUUUUUCUAUUCAGCUUAGGAUCUCAGGAUGGUUUUAUAUAAGUCAGUGCUUUGAGGACUACUCCUUUUCCCUCUCACUAGGAAAAGGUGAGCAAUAUAUCAAAGCUGUUACUUGAGUCUCUUCAAGCUAGCAUCAGAAAUCAGGAGCAGACUAACCAAGAGGCUUACAAAAGAGAAGCUGCUUGGAGUGCUGCUGGAAACAGAAGAAGGGCUUGUCUCUUCCAUUUUGAAAGAGUUCACAUCUAAGUAAAGCCAACCCAUCAGUGUGAGGGGUCUUGGGUGUGUUGAAAUUCCCAGGUAAAAUGUUCCCUGUGUGUAAUUGAUGUUUGAUUCCAAUUUCACCUGAUUUGCCUCCCUUUCUAAAAGUGUUGUUAUUAAGACAGUUAUUCUCAGGAAGAUAGUAGUGGUUGGAGACCUAUAUGGAUUUCAGGGAAAUGCCCACCAGCUUUCAUUCCAACCCUGGAUUGUCCAACAUUGGGAGCUGUACUUUUCUCUAAUAGAGGAUUUAGUUUAUAUCUGUUUGCUUUGCCUAAAGCUAUUCCCUAAACAACUGUCCACUACAGAACAUGCCUCAAGGUGUAGGCAGUGAGUGCCCUGUUCUUGGUAACAGAGUAGUUAACAAUGUGAUUUUUCUUAAAUAACUUUGUAGAAAUGUUAUCAUUUUUAUUUUAAAACAGUUCUGACCUGUCAACUCCUGUGCUGUUUUCAGUCAUUCUCUCCAGCAAGAGGUCAUUGCAGUAGAUUUCCCCAGAACUUCGUACAAGUUCUAGUUGUGCCUUUUAAAGAGUAGCCUUCUGUUUAAAGGCAUCUUUCAAAAAGCCAGUUGCCUGGGCCUGGGAAAGAGCCCCCUUUUCUCAGAGGAAAUAUUCUUUCUAUAUGUUGAUGAAUAAGAAUGACUGCCGAGGCUUACAACUUCAGUGGCUGAAACGGAUUUGAAUUAAAAAGCAGAAUACAUCUGGUUUCAGCAGAUUGUCAGAGGAUGCAGGCAGUCAGGCCCUGGCCCCCUUUGCCUUUGGUGGGGGCAAAGCCCACAGCAGGUUAGGAUCUGUAGAGUGCUGAAGUACACUCAGCUGAUGCUGAUUGAUUCCCUCAAGAGUAGGAACCAAAGGACAACCAGGGAAGUUGAGUGAAUCUCAGGUCUCACCAGUCCUUACAUUCCUCCAGUAAAUUUGGAUGUUUUAGGGGCAAACUCAUGUGAUGACGACUGAUUUUUCCAAAGGAAAAGGCUUCUCCCCCAACUGCCCCCACAUCAUCUGCCUCAGCCUGGCAGAAGUGUGCAUCUGUGAACCUAAGACUCUGGUCUCCUGUUUGACACCGGCUCUGUAGCACCAUGCUCACUUACCCCUGUGACUAAGGUCAUUUUCCCAUUUGAGAGUGUGGAAUUAAGCAGACCUAAAGCAUUUUGUUAUAUGUAUCCUUGUACCUGUUUUGAAAACAGGACAGUGGGAUCUCUGUUCUGUAUUUUAAUAUUUUUGUCUUAUGUU